UCAUAUGUGUUUGAUCGCGCUAUCGCGUUCAAAGUAUGGAAGAAUGUAUUUGCUAGCAACCCAGUGGACAGGAGUGCUGGAGAAGGGUUCCGGGAUGACGUACUGCGGUGGGGUGGGCCAUGCAAUCCAUGGACAUGUAUUGAGGGAGUCUUGGAUGCAGAAAGAGAGGGUCUAGGAAAGCGUGAUAGCGUGGCC